UUUCUCGUCCGUUUCGCGAACGAUGCUGUCGCUCAUGAUGAUAGAUUGCGUGCCUAAGCGGCGGAUCCUGCUUCUUCUGUUUGUACUAAGUCAAACGAGUCAUGGCCAUGACGAAGAUGCACAUACUCUUCGGUAUACCCACGAUAACUUUUCCAUCGAAGUUGGCAAGAAAAAUCACUUCGUCAUGUUCUAUGCGCCAUGGUGUGGGCAUUGUCAAAGACUUAGCCCCACGUGGGAGCAGUUGGCAGAGAUCUCGAAUGAGGAGGACAGUAAUAUAAGAAUCGCCAAGGUGGAUUGCACAACCGAGAGCAUUUUGUGCAGCGAACAAGAUGUUACUGGUUACCCUACAUUGAAAUUUUACAAGACUGGAGAAACUAAAGGCGUCAAGUUCCGAGGCACUCGUGAUUUACCUACAUUGACUUCUUUUAUUAACGAUCAGCUAGGUAGUUCAAUGGUUGAAGAUGUCAUGCCGACUCCUCCGGAAGCAGUAAAUGGAUUACUGGAAUUAACGGAAGAUACGUUUGAAAAACACGUAUCUUCUGGACAUCAUUUUGUUAAGUUUUACGCGCCCUGGUGUGGACACUGCCAGAAAUUAGCUCCAACUUGGGAUGAAUUAGCCAACAGUCUUCGCAAUGACGACGUAGUCAGUAUUUCUAAGAUAGAUUGUACACAGCAUCGUAUUAUCUGCGGCCAGUUUGACAUUAAGGGAUAUCCUACACUGCUGUGGAUUGAAGAGGGAAAAAAGGUGGAUAAAUAUACUGGUCAGCGUACUCACGAAGAGUUGAAAGCUUAUGUGUCAAUGAUGCUGGGUAAGAAUGCAGAGGAUGAGUCAAGCCGGAAGCUUGAGAGUACUGACGGAAUCCCGAAUGCUAUAUUGAGUUUGACGGCUGAUAGUUUCAAGCAAGGUAUCGAAAAGGGCCUUUCAUUCGUCAAGUUCUUCGCACCCUGGUGCGGACAUUGCAAACGUCUGGCUCCCACGUGGGAAGAGUUGGGUAAGAAGUUCUUCGGCAACGACAAUGUGAACAUUAUCAAAGUCGAUUGUACACUCGACGUAAGUAAACAAUUGUGCAAUGAACAGGAGGUAGAUGGUUUUCCAACUUUGUACUUAUAUCGUAAUGGACGCAAGGUCUCAGAAUACAAUGGCUCGCGUAAUCUCGACGAUUUGUACGACUUCGUAAUGAAUCACAUGAAAACGCAUGACGAAUUGUAAAUUUGUUUGUCGUUAAAGCGCCGAGAUAUGUGUGUGUGUGUGCGCGCGCGCGCGCGUGUAUCGUAAUGUAUUCCCAAUAAUACUUCGAAUAAUUGAAUUAAUUUAAGACGCAUGACGUUUCGAUUUUUCAUUGCCAAAUGGAAAUAGAAGAAGCGGGAAUUUUUUUCAUUUUUAUAUCUUAUAUAUCGAGAAAUAAAGAAACGAUACGUUAGUAUAUAGAAUGUGACAUAUUCAAAUGUAAUCCCGUGUAAAAAAAUGUGCUAUC